UUGUAACCUUAAAACAUCUAAAAAUUAUUGCACAAUAAAAAGGUAGGACCAAUGAUUGUAUCAUAUUCAGCUGAAGAACCACUUUCAUUGGUUUUACAUCUUAAGAUAAUAUUUCAAGACACAUCACUAUAGUGUUUGUGUUUGAUUGCAACUAAAAUCAAAAGAAAAAAAAAAUUAUUAAAAAAAAUAAAGAGAGAGAGAUUCCUUCUUCCAUUAACAUGAUGAAUUGACAAACCAUAUAAAAAAAGCUGACUUCGAUCUUGCCUUCCAUAUGCCUGACCAUUCUUCCCCACUUCAUAAACCCAUCAUCAUAUACUAUUGAAUCUUGGUUGCUUCUGCAUCAGCAUUCAGCAUUCAUCAACCCCCACCAUUUUCAAAAUCUUUCUCUGGGUUUCUGAGGGUGGGGUUUUCAUCACAUUUCUGAUGUCUUUAGUUUCUCGAUUCAAUUAUUGACCACCCAUUAAUUGUCCAAAAGGGGAAGCAUCUUUCACUCUCUCUUUCUUUCUCUCUCUAUCUUUAUCUCAUAGAUGGCAAUUAAUGGCCUUUUUGUCUUCUAUAUAGUUAAUUCGAGGUCGUAUCCAGUUUAAUUUCUAACACCCAUGUACAGAUUUUACUCAUCUUUCGCUUCAACUCCUCUAUUUUCCCCCAAAUUCUGUUUUAUUGUUCCACCGAUUGUUGAAGAAGAUGCCAAGGCCUGGACCUAGACCAUUUGAAUGUGUGAGAAGAUCUUGGCACAGUGAGCGACACCAACCCAUUAGAGGCUCCAUCAUUCAACAGAUUUUUAGAGUUGUACAUGAAAACCAUAGUCCUGGUACCAAAAAGAACAGAGAAUGGCAAGAGAAGCUCCCUUUGGUUGUCUUGAAAUCUGAAGAAAUCAUGUACUCCAAAGCCAAUUCCGAGGCCGAAUACGUAAACCCGGAAACGCUGUGGGAUCGAUUGAAUGAUGCCAUUGACACGAUAAUCAGGAAAGACGACACCAUGGAAAACGGCGACUUUUUACCCGCUUGCGUUGAAGCUGCCCUUAAUUUGGGUUGUGUUCAAGUAAGAUCAUCAAGAAGCCAAAGAAACAGCAACACCAGAAGCUAUCUAAGCUCAAGAAACCAAGAUUAUGGUAGAAAUCUUAACGUACCAAAUGUUCAAAGACCAGAUUCAGAAGCAAAUAAGGAUAUAAGACCGAAUUCCAAUUUUACCCCUCCUGGUUCCUCCUUUUAUCCUCCCUCAUUUGAAAAUUUUCCAAGAAACAUGGUAUCCAUUGAGAAUAAAACCUCUUCAAUUUACCCUUUAUACCAUGGUUUUCAUCUUCAACCUCGACCACCCCACAUGGGAUUUCACACCACCCCCCAAAACUCGGGCAGCAUAAUCCAUGGUACACCGGUUUUCCGGGCAGCCCGGGCAGCCUGUGAGCCUUCUCAUUCUGAAAGAUUGUUUUCAUUCGAUAGAGACAAUGAUGAUGGUAAUGGGUCAGGGUCAAAAAAAGAAUCUGGACCCGAAUUGGUGGAAUGUGACUUGUCUCUACGAUUGGGUCCUGUUUCAAGUAGUGAAAAAGAAAAAGGGUUGACUUGUGUAGAUGAUGAUGUUGACUUGGGUAGACUCAAAGGAAAGGAGUUUUCUUUCUUUCCUUUGAAUUCGGAAGGUGAAGGAGUUGAGAAUUUGGGGACAGAUGUUAGGAAGCGGAAGAUGACCUGCAAUCCUGAUUCCUUCUCAAACUCUUCUUGUCUAUUCUUGCCCACGACAAUUGCUACUCCAGCGCCACCAACAACAAUCACAGCAACAAUAAUCAGAUAUUUUAUAUUUGAUCAGUAUGGAGGCUGCAAAUUCAGUUGAGGUGACUGCAAAUUCAGUAGAAAAGGAUGCAAUUUCAGUUGAAGAGGCUGAAAAUUCAGCUGAAGGGUAUAAAAUUCUCAAUCCUCAAGAUCAAAAAAUUCCUAAAGAUGGAAUGAAGUUUGAUUCGGAAGAAGACCUUUUACAAGUACUUUAAAGCAUGUACAUUCCAGAUUGGAUUUGGUAUACAAAAAUCUAGUACAAGAACAAAAGAUUCUUGUGCUAAAAGAUACUAUUCGCUUGGAUGUGCUAGAGGAGAAGUAUAUGUGCCUAAAACAAGCAAACCAUAUAAAAAGUCUUCUAAAACAAACUGUAAAGCAAAAAUUAGUGUAAUUGCAUAUGGUGAUGGAAUAUGCAUUAUCUCUAGUGUUUUUCUUGAACAUAAUCAUGCUUUAAGUCCUAAAAAAUCUCGUUUCCAACGAUAACAUAAGAAAAUGGAUACAUAUGCUAAGAGAAGACUUGAGUUGAAUGAUUAUGCUGGAAUUCCGUUAAAUAAAAGUUUUCACUCGUUAGUUGUUGAAGUGAAAGGGUGUGACAAUUUGCCUUUUGGCGAGACAGAUUGUAGAUCUUACAUCGCAAAAGUAAGACUACUAAGACUUGGGCUUGGUGAUGCCGAGGCACGUCGUAAUUAUUUUGUCCGUAUGCAAAAAAGGCGUUCAAAGUUUUUCUACGUGAUUGAUAUGGAUGAUGAAGGUCGUACGCGAAAUGUAUUUUGGGUAGAUGCAAGAUCAAGGGCAACAUAUGAGUUAUUCGAGGAUGUUAUUUCAAUUGAUAGUACAUAUUUAACUAACAAAUAUAAUAUGUCGUUUGCGACUUUUGUUGGAGUAAAUCACCAUGGACAAUCUAUCUUAUUUGGAUAUGGUUUGCUUUCACGAGAGGAUACAGAAACAUAUGUAUGGUUAUUCAACUCAUGGUUAGAAUGCAUGAAUGGACGGGCACCAAAAGCAAUAAUAACAGAUCAAUGUCGAUCAACGCAAGGAGCUGUGGCACAGGUAUUCCCUGAAUCUCAUCAUCGUCUUUAUCUUUGGCAUAUUAUGAAAAAGAUUCCUGAAAAUUAAGUAGGUUGCCUCAAUAUAAAGUAAUAAAGAAAACUCUAAAAACCCUUGUAUAACACUCAAGAGUUUGAAGAUGGGUGGUGCAAGCUAGUUGAAAAGUACAAACUUGAAAAAAAUGAGUGGUUAAGUUCUUUAUUUAACGAUCGAAGGCGUUGGGUGACGAUAUAUGUAAAAGAAUACUUUUGGGCAGGGAUGUCUACUAUGCAAAGAAGUGAAAGCAUGAAUUCUUUUUUUGAUGCGUAUGUUAAUUCUAAAACCUCAUUACGACAAUUUGUUGAACAAUAUGACAACGCGUUGAAAAGCAAGAUUGAGAAAGAAACUAAGGCUAAUUUUGAAUCGCUUAAUUUUUCAUAUAAAUUAGUAACUGGUUUUAUUUUGAGAGACAGUUUCACGAGGCGUACACGAAUGCCAUUUUUAAGUUGUUUCAAGAUGAGUUACGAGGUACGUUGUUUUGCAAUUCUUCAUUGGACAAAGUGGAUGGUGCACGAUAUGUAUUUCAUGUCACAAAUGUUGUGGAAGGGAAACAUGAAGAUUAAAAAAAAAGAGUUGUUUAUACAGUUUGUUAUGAUGAGAGUGCAUGUGAUAUACAAUGUUCUUGUCGUUUGUUUGUGUUUCGUGGAAUUAUUUGUAGGCAUAUGGUGAAGAUAUUGAUUGAGAAGGAUAUUAAAGAAAUUCAUCCACG